AUGUUCCUCCUCCCCUUGACCCUCCUCGGGCUCCCUCUAGCCCUCUCCCAACAAAUCGGCACGCUUGUCCCCGAAGUCCCCCCCGCUCUCACCUGGUCCAACUGCACCACCGAAUCGUGCACGCCUGUCACCGACGCGCUGACGCUCGAUGCCAACUGGCGCUGGACACACGAGACGACCUCGGCGCACACGUGCUUCCUCGACGGCGACUGGACAGAUAUCUGCUAUAACCUCAACAGCGGCACAGCGUGUGCCGAACGCUGCGCCAUCGAGGGCGCCGAGUACGCCUCGACGCACGGCAUCACGACCGCGGGCGGCCGCGCGUCGCUACGGUACGUCACGCAUUCUGCCUUUGGGCGCAACGUCGAGAACCGCGUCUUCCUGCUGGCGCCGGGUGGCCAGUAUCGCAUGUUCGAGCUGCUCGGGCGCGAGGUGCGCGUUGACGUCGAGGUCGGCACGCUAGGGUGCGGGCUCAAGGGGGCGCUGUACUUUGUCAAGAUGGAGGCGGACGGCGGGCGCGGGCGCGGCAAGAACGCCGCCGGCGCGCGGUACGGCACGGGCUACUGCGACGCGGAGUGCAGCCAGAGCAUCAAGUUUGUUGAUGGCCGGGCCAACAUGGAGGGAUGGGCGCCGGGGUACACAGAUCUUGAGCUCGGACGCGGCGCCGUUGGGGCCUGCUGUGCCGAGAUAGGCGUUUGGCAGAGCAAUUCGGCGUCGUACGUCGUCUCGGCGCAUCCUUGCAUUAACCCCAACUUUCACACGUGCCAGGACAGCCGGUGCCCACGCGGGUUCUCGGACGACAUUUUCCCGCAUGGCUGCGAUACCGACGGCUGCGGCGCGAGCCCGUACCGGCUGGGCAACACGCACUUUUAUGGGCAGGGCAAGACGCUCGACAGCGGGGCCAAAUUUACCGUCAUUACGCGGUUUCACGAGGACCAUGUCUCGCAAUCCUUCAUCCAGGCCGGCGAGCCCAUCGACACGCCGACCAGCCAGGCGUUCGGCGUGCAGGGCAAUGCCAUCUCAGACGACUUUUGCGACAGCCAGGCGUCGGCGUUUGGGGAGCGCAACCGCUACGCCGAGGUUGGCGGGUGGUCGUCGACGAAGCGGGCGCUCGCGGGCCAGUGGGUCAUGGUCAUGUCCAUCACGCACGACGCCUACGCCAACAUGCUCUGGCUCGACUCGCUGUACCCGGUCGACGCCGCCGGUCGGCCCGGUGCGCUGAGGGGGCCGUGUCCGGCGAACAGGGGGUAUCCGGCGCAGACGGUGGCGGAAAACCCGCACGCCAAGGUGACGUUUUCGGAUAUUCGGUACGUAUUGGAGCAUAUUAGCGCCCAUGCCGUCGCAUUGAACAAGCAGCACACCACACCACAUCGCCGCCACACAAUGGCCACGCGUGCGCAAACACAGUACAACCCCCAGCCCGCCUUUGAACCAGAGUCCUUCGCCUCGUCCCCGCAGCGCCAGACCCGCGGUGGCAACGGCGCCAACCCACGUUAUCGUCGCCCUCGCUCGCCCCUCCUCGACCACCAGGGCGAAGUCCAUUUCUACAGCGGCAGCGACGAGCCGCCGUCGCCCUCGAGAGCGAGUCCCAAGCGCGGAUCUGCGCCGCAACGCAGCAGCGGCCGCCCCUCGUCCAUGGCCGCCGUUGACGCUAUGCAAGCCCGUGCCAAACACGCCAGUCUCCCCUCGUCCUCUGGCCCCCAAGCCCAGGGACGGCCUCCCUCCUACCUUAGCGACGAAGCCAUGGACGACCGCGGCGCCCCGAUGCGCGGCCCCCCCGCCGAUGCCCGUCGUCGCGCCGAGCGUCAAGCCCGUCGCACGUCUGCUUCUGGUGGUGCUGCCCCUACCCCCACGGGCUACGGUGCCCCUCCUCCUGGACCCGGCCAGCAGAUCCCCAACGGGUCCCCGCGCGGGCCCUCCCACGGCGGCUCCCCCCGCACAAACGCCCCCGACGGCCGUCGCAGCCCACCUCUGCCGUCGCAGCAGCAGCAGCACCUUUCGGCCCCCGCCCUGCAGCAGGCUUCGGAAAUCUCCCGCCUCAGCAGCCCCGGCAUCAACCAGAGCGUCCUGCAACCCCUCGAGAAGAAGAUGAAGGAGUACCGCGCCCUCAUGGCCGACGCCGAAGCCGACAUGGCGCAGCUCGACGACGAGCUGCGCAUCCUCACCGAGCGCCGCCGCCAGGCCGAGGACCGCUUUGUUGACGCCCGCGGUCGCCACGACGACUAUGAGCGCCAGCACGCCGACGUUGAGAGGGCGCUGCGCGGUGAUUUCUCGGCGGCGGCGCCGGGGCAGCUCGCAUCCCAGCAAACGCUGCAGAGGGGCGAGCCGCAGCAGGUGACCAUCCAGCCUGGCCCGCAGGGCCGUCCACUGGGGCCGUCGCAGCAGCAGUCGUGGACCAUGGCGAGGGCACCGAGCAUGGACAGCUUCGAUGACCGGCCCGGGACGGGGCAGAGCUUGGCGAGUCGGCAGCCGAAGAAGAGGGGAAACCGGUUUGGGAUCAAGCUGUGGUAG